AUGCGUCAGGGGCUAUUCUUGAGUUCACUGCAGGAUAACAGGGACGGGGCAGCCUUGAAGUCGACAUGUGAAAAGGACGGCGAAGACAAAGUUUCAGUACUCAGGCACCCGCGUUGGUGCCCCCAUCAGCACAGCCGGGGGGAAAGAGACGAGCCAGAGCCCAAGCCUGGAGAUCUGAUUGAGAUUUUCCGCCCUUUCUACAGACACUGGGCCAUCUACGUUGGCGAUGGCUACGUGGUCCACCUGGCCCCCCCAAGUGAAGUCGCGGGGGCUGGUGCGGCCAGCGUCAUGUCCGCCCUGACUGACAAGGCCAUCGUGAAGAAGGAACUGCUGUACGAUGUGGCCGGGAGAGACAAGUACCAGGUCAACAACAAACACGAUGACAAGUACUCACCGCUGCCUCCCAGCAAAAUCGUCCAGCGUGCGGAGGCGCUGGUGGGGCAGGAGGUCCUCUACAAGCUGACCAGCGAGAACUGCGAACACUUCGUCAACGAGCUGCGCUACGGGGUUGCCCGCAGUGAUCAGGUCAGAGAUGUCGUCAUAGCAGCAGGCAUCGCAGGAGUGGGCUUGGCAGCCAUGGGCCUCAUUGGAGUCAUGUUCUCAAGAAACAAGCGACAAAAGCAAUAAGUGAAAAGGACAGUCCCGUCGUCAAUGACUCUAUACAUUGCAGGGUCUUGUUUUGCUAGAGAGUUUGGCAUUUGGUUUCUGGAUUCCAUUCUGUUUUAUAAGGCUUAUUUUCACAGAAUAAAAUAAAGCACAGUAUGGGAGGAUGUUAUUGGGGGAAAUGCAGC